AUGGCCAACAGAAAUGCCAAGCAGGUCAUAAAAGCGGUUAACCAGGCAGUGGGACAAAAGGAGGCAAUGGCGGUGAGACGACUUCGUAGCGGCGCUGUGACGGUCACGUUCAGAGACGGAGCCACCACAUACAAGUCGGGCAACCAGGAAUGGAUCAAGAAGGCAUUCGGAGAGCAGGCAACCGGCGCCAGAAGAUCAUACACUGUUAUCGUCAAAGGCCCGAAGGCAGACAAGCUACGGGACGUACACUCGAAGCCCCAAGAGUUGCUCAACGAGAUCAGGAGAGAGGAUUCCGAACACAUCGAGUCGAUCAUACCGGUCCACAGGAAGCUAGCAGAAAGGGCAGAGCUAUUCCAGUGCGAACCCUUCACCAAGGACGCGCGUUCGGAGCAGUGCUUCAAAUGCUACAGGUUCGUGCACACGGCGAAAUUUUGGGAGGAGAAGGCGCGGUGCGCCAGGUGUGCUGGCCCCGCGCGCGAAAGGGGAGAGGGUGAGUGCACAGGAACAAUUCGAUGCAGGAACUGCGGCGGACCGCACACGGCCUGGGACAGGGCCUGCAAACAUUUACAAGAAGCAAAAGAAAAGGCGAAAGAGGCGUACAUAUACCGCCCGAGACAAUUCAAAGAGAGAAGCGGCUCAAGUUUCUAUCCCAGGGCUAGCCGACCGGCCCUUGACGGCUUCAAGUUCGUCGCGGAGAGAAAAUACACGAGAAGUAGCAGCAACAGCAGCGGAAGCCAGCCGGACCCGGACCAAACCGGCCACGGCACCCUGGCCAUAAGAACCUCUAGGAAGGAUAGACCCAGGAAGACCGUGAGCAUCGCAGCCACCACCAAAAUCAGCGCCAUUUCCUCCUCCCUUCCUACAAUAAUGGAGAGCACCGUAAGAGCGGCGUCAGCACCACCGGAGCGAACCGCAGCCCAGCAGCAGCAAUCCCCACCUAGAAGCACGCAACGAAGACGCUGAAGGUAGAGUACUAGAACGCAGCACAAGGAGCAGGAAUCCUAGCCCAGGCGCUGGAAACCCGAACCGGUUCGGACCUGGUAGCGGUGUGAAGCACAUACAUAGAACCCCCAGGCGAGACACGUCACAACCCCCUCCCCGAAAUGGACAGCAAGAGAGGGAGCGACUUCAACAUGCACCACCCAUUGUGGGACAAGGAAAACAGAACUGCCGGAAACCCUGAGAGCCUCU